AAAGAUACUCGGAGCGAGUUGAUAGAUUUGGUUCCAUUCUUCAAAGAAACCAAAGAAUUUGCUUCAAUUCUUCAUAGGAUUCUUUCAUUCUUCGUGUUUAGCAGUUGAUGAGAGCUCGAAGCAACAGCGGCUUGAAUGGGUAACGCUUUAAGAUUCUUGUGCGGCUCGGCGGCGGACGCCGAGGCUCCAGGCCACCACGGCGUAACUCCGGCCACCGUCGGAGUCUCCGCUCUCGCUCAAGAUCUCUACAACUACGAGAUCACUUCCCAGGUUCCGGCAGGAUUAGGUCAGCACGUGGUCUCAUCCAGGAAGGCUCAAUCCAAUUGGUAUAGGAAACUUUCAGCUGCUUGGAGGGAAGCAAAACCUCCACCAAGAACUCCAGAAGAAGCUUCAAGACUCAUAAUCCAGACGCUGAAAGGACAUCAGAAAGCAGAUGUGGAGGGACUUCUGGUAUUCUAUGGCCUCCCGCUUCCCGGUUCUCUAGUUGAACUGACUGAUGGAACUCCCCCACCUCACCAAAAUGGUCUCCGGUUUGAAUUGCUUACAUUGCCGGUAGAUGCAAAGGCAGUAGCAGAUGGGGAUACAAUAACUGUAUAUGUACGAGCCACAGAUCCCCGAGAAGCAUCUCGUGUCCCGAAUGAUGUUGCAGCCGCAGCUCACCAAAGAUCAGAAGCACGUUCGCGUAAAAACUAUGCACGAGCAGAUGAGCUGCACCAGCAGAUUAUUAACUCUGGAUAUCGGGAAAUAAGGGUAAAUGAGGAGGAAGUUCUUGCUCGGAAAUAUAGGAUUCGAUUAAGAGGUAUAGACGCACCGGAAAGCAAAAUGCCGUUUGGAAGAGAAUCAAAGGAAGAGUUGGUUAAGAUUGUUCAAGGCAAGAGCUUAAGAGUGAUGGUAUUUGAUGAGGAUCGCUAUGGCCGGUGUGUAGGAGAUGUGUAUUGCAAUGGCAUAUUUGUACAGGUAUGGCGAGUCAUGUGCUCGUAAAGGAAGUUAUGCUCAAGAAGGGUCUGGCUUGGCAUUACACAGCCUAUGAUAAACGUCCCGAACUCGCAAAAUGGGAGAAAGACGCCAGAGCAAAACGAAUUGGACUAUGGGCAUCCAAAAAUCCCGAGAUGCCAUGGGAAUGGAGAAAAGAAAGGCGCGAAAACAACGGACACUGAAGGGAAGAAUGAAAGAAAUCUAACUAAAUAAGAUUGAAACAUAAAGCUUAUACAAAAAUAGGACUUCUUAUGUGUUACGGCGUACGCCUACAUUGGAAGUGAUCGGGACAAUAUGUAUGGAAGUGAUUGGCAUUGUGGUGUAUAUUUAUGAAGUACAGUACAUUGGUAUUUGGAAAACACAUUUGUUACCUAAUCCAUUUAUCAACACCUAUCAUUACUCCUCUCCAUAAUUAAGCAGAUAUUGCCCUAUUGUAAGAGAAUAUGGAAAUGUUAAUUCCAAAUUCAUAGUAACAAUGUGGUAUAACAAGUUCAUGGCAACUUGCUAAUUGGGCAUGAUAAAUAAACUCUACGUUCACAUAUCGUCGACAAUGAAAUCGAUUAAUAUGG